CUCUCUCUCUCUUGACUAUCGUUGACCAAAAUGGGUAACUGCAGUGGCCUCCCAUCUGAUCAAACCCAACUCCCGACGACCACCACCGAAUCUGGACCCCGCCACCACUCCAAUGGCCUCAAAAUCCACCCUCCAUCUUCUUCCUCCUCCUCCACCGCCACCACCGCCACCACCACAUCAACCAACGCAUCAACCGUUGGCCGCGUCUUGGGCCGGCCCAUGGAGGACGUCCGGUCCACUUACAUCUUCGGCCGCGAGCUCGGACGUGGCCAGUUCGGUGUCACUUACUUAGUAACGCACAAAGAAACUAAACAACAAUUCGCGUGCAAGUCAAUCGCCACGCGCAAGCUCAUCAACCGAGAUGACAUCGAAGACGUCCGUCGCGAAGUCCAGAUCAUGUACCACCUCACGGGUCACAGGAACAUCGUGGAGCUGAAGGGCGCGUAUGAGGACCGGCACUCGGUCAACUUGGUCAUGGAAUUGUGUGCGGGAGGGGAGCUGUUUGAUCGGAUCAUAGCUAAGGGGCAUUAUUCUGAGAGAGCUGCCGCCAAUUUGUGUAGACAGAUUGUGACCGUGGUGCAUAAUUGUCAUUCUAUGGGUGUUAUGCAUAGGGAUUUGAAGCCUGAGAAUUUCUUGUUGUUGAACACUGAUGAGGAUUCGCCUUUGAAAGCUACUGACUUUGGGCUCUCUGUGUUUUUCAAGCCAGGAGACGUGUUUAAGGACCUUGUUGGAAGUGCGUAUUAUGUAGCUCCUGAGAUAUUGCGCAGGAGUUAUGGAGCUGAGGCAGAUAUUUGGAGUGCUGGAGUGAUACUAUACAUUCUUCUUAGUGGAGUUCCUCCAUUUUGGGGAGAAAAUGAACAGGGUAUCUUUGAUGCCGUUCUGCGGGGGCAUCUUGAUUUCUCAUCUGAACCUUGGCCCAGCAUAUCCAGUAGUGCCAAAGAUCUUGUGAAGAAGAUGCUGCGUGCUGAUCCUAGAGAACGGCUUUCAGCCGUUGAAGUUCUAAAUCACCCAUGGAUGAGAGAAGAUGGUGAUGCCUCUGAUAAGCCUCUUGAUAUUGCUGUUUUAACUAGAAUGAAGCAAUUCAGGGCAAUGAACAAACUUAAAAAAGUAGCCCUAAAAGUGAUUGCUGAAAAUCUUUCUGAAGAAGAAAUUAUGGGUUUGAAGGAAAUGUUCAAAUCCAUGGACACAGAUAAUAGUGGAACUAUCACUUAUGAAGAGUUGAAAGCCGGUCUUCCUAAGCUUGGCACCAGGCUGUCCGAGUCUGAAGUGAGGCAAUUAAUGGAAGCGGCUGAUGUUGAUGGAAAUGGAACCAUUGAUUACAUUGAGUUCAUAACAGCUACCAUGCACAUGAACAGAAUGGAAAGAGAGGAACAUUUAUACAAAGCCUUUGAAUAUUUUGACAAGGACAACAGUGGGUACAUUACAAUGGAAGAGCUGGAACAUGCUCUUAAGAAGUAUAAUAUGGGUGAUGCGAAAACAAUAAAAGAGAUUAUUGCAGAAGUUGACACAGACAAUGAUGGAAGAAUUAACUAUGAAGAGUUUGUGGCGAUGAUGAAAAAAGGCAAUCCUGAUAUAGUAACAAACAGACGGCGAAAGUGAGCCUAUUGCAGUUGGCAUGUUUGCUGGCUCAAAUUCCUGUGUCAACUGGUUUCUUAAUGCAUUUGGAUGGUGUUUCAACUGGUUAUAAUCUCAGUUUAAUAUGCCACCUGAGAUUGUACUUGAUUGUUUGUGCUCUUCUAUAUCUGCCUUUUACAUUCAUAGAAAGGUAGAUAGAUAGACUGGUAUCACGGGAGAAUGUAGUUGUUUUUGAGGUUUUUGGUAAAUUAUUGGUUAAAUGCUUGAAUAUUUUGACUCUUGUGAAUGUAUAUGAAUUCUAUAAAUUUAGGGAACCUUCAUGUUAUUCCAGUCCAGGUUUGUCUUAUAGUGACUAUAAUUCCAUGCCACUGUUCCUAUUGAGAAUGAAAUG